GAUGGAUGACAUUCGCCCCACCAACGGUCACGGACCUCGAGGAUCCAUAUGCUCCUUCGACUCGCCCAGAAGACAAAGACAGUGAUGACCGUUCGAUUGAUUUUGAAAUUGAUCAGCGGUCGUCUGGCGCUCAACGAUUACCAGCAACAGGAAUCGACGAUGUUAGCUCCAGACCCAUCUUACAUGACAUCCUUCGAGGGCUUGUAUCGCAGCUCGACCGAUACCGGCAAACAGUCGAUGGGUUUGAACAAUAUCUCUCAGAAAGGCGCCAGGGGUUAAUGUUCACAGAGAACCUCACCGAUGCCCUCAAUCUAUCCAUUGAACUUGAAUCGGAUACGUCAUUUUUUUCCGCAAUUCGCAAUACUUUAUCAACGCCAUCCAAGAAAACACCAGCAGACGGUACAUCGACACCACCUCAGUCUAAGUCAAGAUCUAUAGGGUCAUUUGUCCCCUCUUUCUUCACUCCAAAGAAGACCAAAGCUAAUCCGACUGGUGGAAUUUCUGUCGCCCCGCUCGUAGCGCCUCACGUAAGUGGUGGAACAUGGACUCCACCUAGGCCAUCUCCCGAGGAGAAUACGGUCGUCACUAAGAUCACGCUCUCACAAUUACUGGAUAAUGUGGUCAUUCUUGAAGAGUUCAUGAAGGAAAUGUCGGCAAUUGUACAGGCCCGACGAAGUCUUGGCAUUGACCCUGUUCGUUAUUUGUAG